GGUCAGGCGAAUUCGGUAAACGCUGGUAAGCUGUUAGUAACUGUGCAGUCGCAAGGUCCUUUUGGUCCAGCGUAAAUCGUAAGUGGUCUAGUGGGCUUUUCCUCCUCAGCAAAGUUCCCUUUCAAUGAUUGUUGGAGUUCUAACUGGUCCAGUAGUGAAAGUUCUUGUAAUGUAAUGGUUUUUGUAGUGGUAAAAAUUGUUCCUCCCUUAGUCGUCACGCCCAAAGUAAUUUUGAUUAAUGCUGCGGAGUUAACGGUACUUGACAUGAUGUAAAUCCGGAUUUUUGCAGUCUACUUAGUUCCGCUUGUGGUGUAAAUGGAUAUAUUAUGUGUAGUCUUAAGCUAUGCAACGUCUGCAUGACCCAACAAAAACCGAGACUGCAGAAGAAGGAAUAUGAGACUCUUAUAGCACUUGUCGUCAUAAAAACAGGCACUAAACAUCAUUCGUAUAGAUCCGAGCUACAUAUAUUAUCACGAAUUGGUUGUGUAAACAGAAGCUCCGAAUGCAUUGAGUUUCCGCUUUCACGAACUACCUAUUGAUAGCCUCUAAAACUCAGUCAUCUAAAAUACUGGAACUCCGUGGUUCUCGUACCGACAGAAAACAUUCUCCAAAUAGUUUGAGAUUAUCGAAGUGAUCCUUAGUUGGAUAUGAACUCGGAGCCGUUCCGGUUACGUGGACUAGACUGUCAAGGGAAUGGAUUUCAUUUCAUAGUAGGAGUCGGGGAAAAACCUUUCCGAGCUGUUUGGUACUAAAGUAGGACUUGGACAAGACAAUAGAAUAGAUUUUUUUAUGCAGAAUAAUAAGUGCUUAUUUGGACUGUGAGGGUAAUUGAGAAGUAAGGAACUUUCUCGCUGAAGAAAACUUAGCCCAUAUGCCAUGCUAGCUCUAAAGAUUAUAAAAAAACUGACUGAGCGAAUUUUUAGGAUACUAACUGGAGGUCGCAGAGGAAGGACUCCCUUGUCUUGGACUUGGAGCAAACGUUCGAACGGAGCUAAUAACACCUUCAAUAACUGCCUCCUAGUGUGUGGCGUCCUGGGAGUCACACCACCACCUAUAGCAUAAGAAAAUCUCGAGUUGCCUCGCGAAUCUAUAGUAAACCCUUACGAAAUUUCCUUCUGGCUACUGCAGUAGGUAUUAACUUUUAAUUACCCAGAAUCGACACCAACAUAUAUUAUCUAUGGUCUGUAUGCAACAAGUCCACGUAUGACUCUAACCACCUCUUGACAUGCCUUAUGAAAUCAAAUCAUCUAACAAAAGUUCCCUUUGGUCCAAUCUCGUCGAAACAGAAUGUUUCCUGGGCCUCCCGUUAGAUAAUUUUGAUGACAAUUAACUUGCGCCUUGCCAACCAAACACCAUCUGAAUGACUGUUACAAAAAUACGGUAAAUUACAAAUAUGCUAAGGUUUCAGCCUAUAGUAUUAUUUCAGUGGUGGAGAGCUAAAAACUGGAUAUUUAUGAUAUACUGAAAUAUUUCAUAAACUAAUUCCCGUAUUUUAGUUAAGGGAGAAAUAUUUUUUGUGUUUGGUGAAUGAAAAUAAAAUAUUGUAUUUAAGAGGUGCUCACAUUCUGAAAAAUCCGACUUCCUCGCCGAAAUAUCUGGCAGCACUAUUUUCAAACUAUGACAGUUCAUUUCCAAUGAAACAGCUGAUUUUACCCACGAAAAUCGCAAAACAAAUUUCUGCUUGCCGGUUCAAUAAUUGUAAUCAAUAGCAAAUGCUGCAUUUUUAUCUUAACAACUAGCAUUAGAUUAUAGAGCUGAUAGCGUUGGAUUCUACAAGUUCCAAGAGCAAAGCGAAGGGUUCGGAAGCUGAGAUGGAGAUACUGAAAGUAAGUGGUUACGAGGCAUUUCGCAAAACUGUGGAUAAGUUGACGCAAAACGGUAGCAGCCAAGUAAAUGUGUACUUCACUGGCGAGAAGGACGAAACGGACAAGAGCUGGUGCCCUGACUGCAAUGAAGCUGAACCAUUUGUGCUCUCCGCUCUGAAUGAACACGCGGAUAAAAGCUCAGUGUUUGUUGUUGUUGAUGUUGGACCGCGCGCAUUUUGGAAGGAUAUGCAAAAUCCCUUUCGCAAAGACAGUGUCGCGCCCAUCUCUGUAAUACCCACAUUACUGCGUUGGAAGUCGCCGGCUCGUUUAGAUGGCGAACAAUGCGCGAAACCGUCGUUGCUGGAAAUGUUCUUUACCGCAGAAGUGGACUAAAAGAUAAAAAAAUAAAAUUAUUUAAACUCAGUUCAUUUACAGGAAGCUUAUUUUAUUAACUAAAAAAGACGUAAAAUGUAAAAUCAAGUAAAAAUAAAAUAUUUGCAAUACUUUUUUAAA